UUCUCACGCUAUAUUAGUCAGUAAUCAUGCGACCAGACAAUCCGUCGCUUCUAUUAAAUCAAUUUAAUCGUUUCAAGUGAUUUCUGAUCCGCAAUGAGUGUGCGAGUGAAAGGGGCGAUGGAUAGGUCGUUUAAGAGAAUUUUGAGGAGACAGAAGACCGUUCAAGGUGACAUGCCGGUGAAGGACGGCAGCCGGCGGUCGCUAGUCUGCGUCAUCGACGACGGCACCAAGACCGUCCGAGUUGUGAUAUACGAAGCAGAGCGCUCAGAAGAGCUUGCCGCGUACCAACUAGACAAAACCGAGAUCCAGCCGCAAGAAGGAUGGUCCGAACAGGAUCCCAUGGAGAUCAUGCACCACAUCAAAAUAUGUGCCGAGAAAGCUGUCGAACAACUAGCUGUUAAAGGCUACUCAAAAGAUAACAUCGUGGCACUGGGCAUCACCAAUCAGAGGGAGACGACGAUAGCGUGGGACAGAUUCACGGGAGAGCCUUUACAUCCUGCUAUAGCAUGGAACGACAUCCGCACUGACGUCACGGUAGACGCGAUCCUCGCCAAAGUCCCGGAUCAGAACAAGAACUACCUUAAAAGUAUAUCUGGUCUCCCGAUAAGCCCGUACUUCAGCGCGUUGAAGAUGAGAUGGCUGAAGGAUAACGCCAAGACUGUGCGGCGCGCCGGCCGGGACAAGCGGCUCAUGUUCGGGACCGUCGACUCCUGGAUUAUAUGGAACUUAACUGGCGGUCCGCGAGGAGGUCUGCAUAUUACUGAUGUUACCAACGCUUCGCGAACACUUCUGAUGAACCUGGAAACUUUGAAUUGGGACCCUAUGUUGUGUAGGUUAUUCGGAAUCCACCGAGACUCAUUGGCCCAAAUACGAAGCAGUUCCGAAGUGUACGGCGUAGUCAAAGACGGAUCAAUCUUAGACGGAAUUAGGAUAUCGGGGAUAUUAGGCAACCAGCAAUCAGCCCUAGUCGGUCAGAACUGCCUGUCAGCGGGCCAGGCCAAGAACACCUACCGAAGCGGCUGUUUCCUCCUCUACAAUACUGGCUCCCGACGAGUGCAGUCCACCCACGGCCUCCUCACAACAGUAGCGUACAAGCUGGGACCACAAGCACCGCCUGUAUAUGCAUUAGAAGGCUCAAUAGCUGUAGCGGGAGGCGCCGUGAAAUUCCUCCGUGACAACCUCAAACUAAUUAAAGACGUGGCGAAGGACACAGAGCAUAUCGCCGGCCAGGUGUUCUCUACAGGGGACGUUUACUUCGUGCCGGCGUUCAGCGGGCUGUACGCGCCGUACUGGAGGAAGGACGCGAGGGGAAUUAUUUGCGGUCUGACGGCAUUCACCACAAAACAGCACAUCAUACGGGCAACGCUGGAGGCUGUAUGUUUCCAAACUAGGGACAUCUUGGAAGCCAUGAACAAAGAUUGCGGCAUGCCGCUGUCAAAACUACACGUGGACGGAAACAUGACUCGUAACGAUUUGCUCAUGCAACUCCAGGCCGAUCUCAUCGGAAUACCAGUGUUGCGUGCGCAAUCUUGGGACAUGUCAGCCUUAGGCGCAGCCGUAGCGGCCGGGCACGCAGUCGGCGUGUGGUCCAUUGAAACGUGGAGGGCUACCGCUACCCCUAUCGACACCUUCCUACCCACUACCACCGAUGAUGAUCGCGACGCGCGCUACACAAAAUGGAAGAUGGCCGUCCAACGCUCUCUCGGCUGGGCCGCCAUCAAAAAGUCCAUCACCAUGACAGACGAACGUUACAAACUGCUCUCCUCGAUCCCAGCGACGCUGUUCCUCAUUGGCAGCUUCACCAUGCUAGUCGUAUCCAAUGCGCUCAAAAAUAGGUGAUAAGUUAAUUUAGAUCCUAUUUAAUUGGAAUAAGUGUCAUAUCUGUACGGAAAUUCAAAUUUGUACAGCUUUUUAGUGAUUUUAUUACGUUUUAUUCUAUUAUGUUCCAUUUAUUGAAAUGACCUGCACUUACUGUAUAGUUCGAUCAUAAAAGCUGCCGCGAGAUUUGUUUGAAGUCUCACAAGUAAAGUUAAGGCGAUAUCCAGAACUAUUACAGAAUAUGUCGUGUGGGCGUAUAGUUUAGCAAUAAAUAGGUAUGUAAUUCCAUUCAUUCACCAUUCGUUCCAUUCGCCUCAACUUUAACUGCGAUACCUCACUAUUCUGUCAAUAUUAUCAUAAAAAUUCAGCGGCAGACCUGUAGACAAACCGCGCAUUGUUAGUGAAUGAAACACCUAUAUUUUACUAUGACUAAGCUUUUUGGUGCUUGACAUCCAUAUAUCAAGCGGUAAAACUUACAGAAUUUUGACGUAUUAUUAUACUCUGGCAAACCCACAUUGUCAGUAGUAAAAGGCGCGAAAUACAAAUUUCCUAUGGAAGGACAACCUUUCGCACCUACAUUUUUUUUACAUUUGGCGCCUUUUUCUACUGAUGGAAAUGGCUUGCCAAAAUAUAGCAAAAUUUCACUGAAUAUGGGUAAGCCUAUUACCAGUGUAUCUUUGCAAUAAGUUUUACAAUUUUCUGUUAACAAUGGUACAUAUUAGACAUCGGAUCGCUUGUGUAUUUUAAGCCCAUGAUUUGCGUGUCUCUUUCUUUAAACCGACUGUAAUCUACAUAGAUAUCGAUUGAAAUUUAUAGUACAUACAAAAUACACUCGUGGUCUGAUGUCUAAAACGACACAUAAUUAAUAUUGGUAAUGAUGUCAAACAUACAUACAACGUACCUACUACUGUGGGCAUAUUAAUCAGAAAACCUGGCAGCUUUCAAACUAAGUUACUUAAAUGCAUUUUUAUAGACUGAUAGGGUAAACAACCUAAUCAUUCUCCGAUCAAUGCAAAGCCUACAUUUAGUUACACUAUUAUCUGGGUGGAUCAACUUUUUUGUUGUUAUUCAGUCCCGUCAACCAGGCGACAACUUAACAGAAGAAAAGUUAUAGGUACUACAAUGCAUUAACGUGCUAAGUAGAUGAUUUAUUAUAGCAAUGGCUUAUAACUGCCAUAAAAUAUUUGUUUGGUUAUUUUAAAUAUGUACAAUAAAAGCAGUUUUUUAAAGUGACCCAGGAGACCGUAACCAUGACAACGAGUUCGUUCAAAGUUGAUUCACCCAUCAAUAUUGUCUCGAAGCAAAAUGUAAUGGCCAAAAGUAGGACUGCUUACCCUAUGUUUUUCUUAUUAAUUCAAUAAUCGAUCGUCAAUGUUUAUGAACUAGACAUUAAUUGAAACAAUUAUUUUCUCAUUCCUACUUGCGUUGGCAUUUAUGGCAUUAUAGAACAAUUUGAAGCAUUUGUAAUUUUUUUAUUUUAUUUAUUUUAGUGUAAGCAUAAAAUUUAUACAAUUAUAAAAUGUAUAAAUAAGUGUUAAUGUUGUAGAUAAGAUGGGAUAGGAUAAAAAUUUACAAAUAUAGCUUUAUGCAGCUCAAAAUAAAUCAUGUCCACACAAAUGUGCUCGAUUUUAUGCUAGUCACGAUGAUGGCUUGAAGCUAACCAAUUAUUUAGUAAUACUGUUCAGAAUUGCCGUAGGUACCUAUUGUAGUAAGUUUUCCUUAUUUCAUGUUUAUGCCUAGUACCUACCUAUAACUACAUACAACAUCUUAUUGGUUUUAUAAAUGAAUAUUUAUUGACUUCUUAGCCUACCGAUGUGUGUAAAUAUAAUAAUCAUGUUUACUGUCAGUUUCAUCAGUAACAACAAGAUAAUGUGAAUUAGUCAACAUUUUUACAGUGUCUCUAUGUGAUGCCUAAGUAAAUAUUCUAAAUAAAUACCGUUCCGUUGGUACAUAUUUGUAAAUAAUUAUGUAGGUACUAUACUCUUUCAAUCUCACUCAGUUGAUACUAAGAAUUUGCGGUUCAGUUAAAUUUGGUUGUACAUUUAUGCUAAGAGCUGUCCAAUGUAAAGUGAACCGUAAACUGCUCAAGAAUCUAUUUCCUCGACCGUACAUUGUAAUGCACACGAGGUUAACGAGUACUCACCGAUCUUCUUUAUCCUUCUUUUCGAGCUAUUCUUGUAAGAAUUCAUUCACUCGUAAAUAACUGUUGUUUGUCUCGUGUGUUUAUAUUUUUCUUACUAUAGAUUACAGAACAGGUUACCUACUAUUUAUAACAACAGAAUUUACGGUACCAGCCAAAAAUGGAACUGAGAUUUCCUGAUAUAUUCGACCGGUGUUGAUGUUGAAUUGAGAUCAUGAUGCGGGUACAAAACAUAGUAGCUACCUAUAAAUUAUAGACCUCCAACACAACGAUUUUGAUAAAACAUCUAAGUACCGCCGCUAGUAAACCUGCUUUCAAAUAAAAUCGGUUUACCCGUUUAAGACCUAAGGUGCCAAAGACAGACAAAGACACAUAGCGGUCAAACACAGGGGCAGGUCAGAGGCUACUAAGAAACAUUCAGAGCUACCCCUAGCAUUUAUUAGUAAUAGAAUUUAGGGGGUUUGGGGACAUAAACGUAAAGCUAUUAAUUUACGAAUUUUCCUUGUAGAUCUAGAAUAGACUUAUGUCUAUUCUAG